UCCAGAGACAACAUAUAAGGAGGCGCGGCAGAGAGAGUUCAGAUGAGCGUCAAGUAAAGGCAACUUCCUCUCUUUGAAAACGAGAAGCAUGAGUGGCACAGAAUCAGUCGACGUCGUCAUUGUCGGUGGUGGCGUAUCGGGUCUGGCUGCCGCAAAGAAGCUAUUGGACGCAAAGUGCGCGCAAGAGGAACCGCUCAAGGUCGUCAUUCUUGAGGCACGAGACCGCUUGGGCGGUCGCAUUCAUACGGUCUCUUGGGACGACGUUGCCGCCAGUGAACAGUACACCAAGCGCGAGACUGCUCUUGAUCUUGGAGCGAGCUUCGUGCAUGGGGUGUCGAAGCGAAAUCCGCUCUCGCAAGUGUGCCACGAGGUGGAUGACACUCCUUCCCAGCUCCGAAUGCGAUGUGGCACACCUGACACGGUCGAUCAGAUCCCUUUGAAGCUUGAUGAUGAGAAUGAGAUAGAAGACAGCGAUAUGUCGUUCUACAUGGGCGCCCAAGGACGGCGUGUCGCUCAAGCUGAGAGUCGAAGGCUGGACAAGCUCGUCGGUGUAGUCCUCACGCGGCUGCACAAAUUGGCUGUGGAAGGGCCCAUCGAUGUGGACGAAUCGUCCAGCCCUGCGUUGGCUUUCUGCGACGAAGAUGGCAAUGGGCCCUUGAAAGCUGACCUCUGGAAGGGUAUUUCUGCCGACGAUCGGCAGGAGGUCAUGAAACUCAUCAGAAUCAUGGACGAGUCUAGCGGAGCAACGCUCGAUAGCCUUUCACUGCGGUAUUGGGACUUUGGCGUGGAGGACUUCUCUGGAGGCGAUGCAUUGGUUUCGCACGGCUACUCUCAACUUGUAGAGUGGCUUCAACGACAGAUCGAGGUCAAAGGGGCAGACGUCCGGCUGUCGGCGCCCGUUGACAAGAUUGAGCUUUUGGAUCAAGACGAUCUCAUUGCAGCGCACUACAAAGACGAGCAAGACAAUUCAAAACGUAUCAACGCCCGAUAUCUCAUCUGCAGCCUUCCACUUGGCGUGCUUCAGCAAAAGCAGCCAGAUGUCAGCUUUGAUCCAGCACUGCCCCCACGCCGAAAGGCUGCGCUUGGUAGACUAGGCUUCGGCCUCUUGAACAAGGUCGUCCUCAAAUACAACAAGAUCUGGUGGCCGAAAGGAGCACAAUGGUUUAAUGUACUCCCACCUCCCGCGUCGGCCCAACAAGCCGCCGACGAGACUUCCCCCCUUGCAAAAACCGUCUCCCAGUCGUGCCUCCUGCUCCACAACUAUUCGUUCGUUGCAUCGAAGCAGUCUCGUUCGACGGCGAUGCUCGUUGUUUAUCUGGGCCCGCCGCUGUCGUAUGAAGUGGAGAAGUACACGGACGAAGAAGUCGGUCGUGCCCUGCACAACGUCAUUUCGAAAGCCAUGUCUAGCUUUGGCGCGGCUGCGGAUCCAAUCGAAACUUUCGUCACAAGGUGGCACAGCGACCCUCGCGCUCGUGGCUCCUACUCGCAUCUGCCGCCCGGUAGCUCUCCACUCGACAUGAUUGAGGCAUCGAGCUCGCUCUGGGAAGGAAAGCUGGGUUUCUGCGGAGAGCAUACCUGCCACGCUAACUUUGCGAGCGUCCACGGCGCAUGGAUGUCAGGCGUCAGAGAAGCUGAGAGGGUCCUCGACUGUAUCGGGGAAGAUGAGGAAGAGGAUGACGAUGAGAGUAGCGACGAUGAUUGA